UCCCUACCUAGUGUUACUAGACAUAAUUAUGUAGAUCUAUUACAAAAUAAGCAAGACAAGACUCGACUAUAAACAGGCACUCACUAGCUCGCUCACUAGCACACUGCACUGUCAAUACUGAGCUUUCAAUGGCGCAAUCUGAAAUCUCUCUUGUUGAGACACAUGUUGGUUCUGUGAAAGAGGUGGUUGAUAAUGCCCGACAAGGGUUUCGGUCAAGAAGAACUUUUCCUUUGGAGUAUCGAUUGGAGCAGUUGACGAACCUAAGACGAUUAGUCAAUGAAAAUUUGGUCAAGCUGCUUAAUGCUCUGUGGACUGAUCUUCAUAAGCCCCAUCAAGAGACAAUGAUGACGGAAGUUAAUCAGAUUACAACCGAUAUUGAUCAUACACUCAGCAACUUGCGAACGUGGAUGGCACCUGAGCAUGUAGAAAAAGAUUUGCUGAACAGGUUUAAUUCAGCAUACCUAAUGCCAGAGCCUUAUGGUGUGGUACUUAUCAUAUCUCCCUGGAACUACCCUCUCAUGCUGUCUCUGAUGCCUUUGACCGGUGCAAUUGCUGCAGGAAAUGCUUGUGUGCUAAAGCUGCCUGAAAUUGCUGUUGCAACAUCGAACCUAUUGGCUGAACUGAUUCCGUCAUAUUUGGAUAAGGAGUGUUACAGUGUGGUUACUGGGGGCUUAGAGGUCGCCAAGGAAGUGUGUGCUCAGAGGUUUGACUACAUUUUUUUCACUGGGAGCACGGCAGUGGGAAAACUUGUGAUGAGGAGUGCUGCUGAAUUCCUGACCCCGCUAACACUGGAGUUAGGAGGGAAGAGCCCUUGCAUUGUCGCUGAUGAUGCCGACCUGGAGGUGGCUGCUAGACGCAUUAUGUGGGGCAAGUGUCUCAAUAGUGGCCAGUCAUGUGUUGCUCCGGACUAUGUCCUUUGCUCUGCUGAUAUUCAAGAAAGGCUUGCCGAGAACCUCAAGAAUGCAAUCAUAGAAUUCUUUGGAAAAAACCCAAAAGAGUCCCAAGACUAUGGUCGAAUUAUCAACAAGCGAGCAUUUGAUCGAAUCUGUGCACACAUGGACUCUAUGAGGAACAAUGUGUAUUACGGGGGAGACUGUGAUGCACAGGAAAGAUACAUCUCUCCGACAAUCUUGACGAAUGUCACAGGAGAUGACUCCAUAAUGUCAGAAGAAGUAUUUGGUCCUCUUUUGCCUGUCAUACUCGUGGAAAAUGUCCAGAAGGCAAUUGAAUUCAUUAACAGCAGGGAGAAGGCGCUUGCACUGUAUCUGUUCACAAGCAGUCAGGAUAUGGUACAGGCAGUCACCCAGCAAGUGAGCUGUGGAGGAAUCACUCAUAAUGACACCAUGCUGCAUUGCUCAGUGACCAGUCUACCAUUCGGAGGAGUAGGCGCUAGUGGCUUUGGCGCCUAUCACGGCAAAUUCUCCUUUCACACCUUCACACAUUGCAAACCUGUGUUGUCCACUUCAACGAGGGCUACUCUUGAAGGACUCAACAAUAUUCGAUACCCUCCAUACUCGGAAGACAAACUUACUGAUGCUCAACGCCUGCAGACCGAGGGAGGGGUUUCACGAGUGCUUCACUUGGCCAACCUGCUUACCAGAUCAGUUUUUGGAAGGCCGAGGUACAGGCAACCACUGAGGCAGUCUGAAGGGGAUAGCAGGUCUACUGCCGAUACUGUUCAAAAGAAGCAAGAAUCCAACGAGAAAAAUUAACGUGACAAUGUACUUAAUACAUUAUUACUAAUUGUUCAUUAAGUUUUGCGAUUGCUGUGUAUUUGAGUCAUGCAGAAGGUGCAUCAUUAACUUUUCAACACUA